GUUUAAUUGAUGGUUAUGAUCGUGACAGCCGUGGAAUCCGUGUGAAACUUGUUUCCCGUAGUCUUCGUCCGAGUUUCUCUUUCGUCUCUGCGAUCUCGUCUGGUUCAUCUUAGGAUGGGACGUGUUAUUAGGGCCCAGAGGAAAGGUGCCGGGAGCGUCUUCACAUCCCAUACCAAGCACCGCAAAGGAGCCCCGAAACUCCGCUCUCUUGAUUUUGCCGAAAGGCACGGUUACAUCAAAGGUGUCGUUAAGGACAUCAUCCAUGAUCCUGGUAGAGGUGCUCCUUUGGCUGUCGUUCACUUCAGGGACCCCUAUAGGUUCAAGACUAGGAAGGAACUCUUCAUUGCUCCCGAGGGAGUUUACACUGGCCAAUUCCUUUACUGUGGAAAGAAAGCCAAUCUGAACAUCGGAAAUGUAAUGCCAGUAGGGUCUAUGCCAGAAGGUACCAUUGUGUGCAAUCUGGAAGAAAAGACCGGCGACAGGGGACGUCUCGCCCGUGCUUCUGGUAACUAUGCUACCGUCAUUGCUCACAAUCCUGAUACGAAGAGGACCCGUGUCAAGCUGCCCUCUGGAGCGAAGAAGGUCAUUCCGUCAAACAACAGGGCCAUGGUCGGCAUCGUCGCCGGAGGUGGUAGGAUCGACAAGCCUGUCUUGAAAGCUGGUAGGGCUUACUAUAAGUACAAGGCUAAGCGUAACUGCUGGCCUAAGGUCAGAGGUGUUGCUAUGAACCCUGUAGAGCAUCCUCACGGUGGUGGUAAUCACCAACAUAUUGGUAAAGCUUCCACGGUUAAGAGAGGAACCAGUGCCGGAAGAAAGGUUGGUCUUAUUGCUGCAAGAAGGACAGGUAGGAUCAGAGGAGGAAAGACGGACCAGAAGAAGGACGAUUAAGCUUUGUAAUUGUUCUAAUUUUAAAUAUAUUUUACAUUGUACACAA